GCGCGCAGCGGGGCAGUCGGGGCCGGGGGGACUGGAGGCCGCCAUCACCGCACCCAUCUCCGCUCACUCACGCACGGCCUCCGCCGGUUUGGGCCUCACCCCCUCCUCCCCGACCGACAGCCCGACGGCCCUCCCGAGGCCCGGAACAAGACCGCUCAACGUGAAGGAUAAUAGCCUACCGGUACCAGCACUUUGAAUGAAAUUUUGUUCCUCCGCCACAGACUCAACCCGGUCUCGUUUCUGGAGAGGGUGGGCCGGGGGGGAGGGGUUUGAAACCCACACUGAACCUUGUGGCACAGCAGCUAUGCAGCUUGAGAUCCAAGUAGCACUAAAUUUUAUCAUUUCCUAUUUAUACAACAAACUUCCCAGGCGACGGGUCAACAUUUUUGGUGAAGAGCUCGAGCGGCUUCUCAAGAAGAAGUAUGAAGGGCACUGGUACCCCGAAAAGCCAUACAAGGGGUCGGGGUUCCGGUGCAUCCACGUAGGGGAGAAGGUGGACCCGGUGAUCGAGCAGGCCUCGAAAGAGAGCGGCUUGGACAUCGACGACGUCCGGGGCAACCUGCCUCAGGACCUGAGCGUCUGGAUCGACCCGUUCGAGGUUUCCUACCAGAUCGGGGAGAAGGGACCGGUGAAGGUGCUCUAUGUGGACGAUAACAACGAGAACGGGUGCGAGUUGGAUAAGGAGAUCAAGAACAGCUUUAACCCGGAGGCCCAGGUCUUCAUGCCCAUCAGCGACCCGGCCUCCUCCGGGCCCAGCUCCCCCUCCCCUCCCUUCGGCCACUCGGCCGCCGUCAGCCCCACCUUCAUGCCCCGCGCCGCCCAGCCUUUAACCUUCACGACCGCCACUUUCGCCGCCACCAAGUUCGGCUCGACCAAAAUGAAGAACAGCGGCCGCAGCAACAAGGUGGCCCGCACUUCUCCCACCAACCUCGGCUUGAAUGUCAGUGACCUCUUGAAGCAGAAAGCCAUUUCUUCCUCAGUGCACUCUCUCUACGGGCUCGGCCUGGGGAGCCAGCCGCCGCCCCCUCCGGCAUCGUCGUCGCCGCCGCCGCAGAAGACCUCCGCUCUUUCUCCCAACGCGAAGGAGUUUGUUUUCCCCACCGUGCAGGGUCAAGGUGGCACCGGUGGAAUGUUCCCCGGCGACGGCCCCCUCAGCCUCAGCCCGCUGCUCCAAUACAGCAAUGCCUUUGAUAUGUUUGCGGCCUACGGAGGCCUCAACGAGAAGUCUUUUGUGGAUGGCUUGAAUUUUAGUUUAAAUAACAUGCAGUAUUCUAACCAGCAAUUCCAGCCCGUCAUGGCUAACUAAUAAUAAACAAACCGACCGACCGACCGACGGAGAAAAUACAAACCCCCACAUACACAAGAAAACAAAAAGAGUUGUCCUAAGAGUUGAAUCGCAUGUGCCCAGGGUGGGUAUUUCUCUCCCCCUUGAGAUUUUUUUUUUUUCUUUUUUCUUUUUU